AUGAGGGUUCUGCUUUUCGUGACAUGCUGUGUAUAUUUCGUCCAGUCCCGGGUGUACAAUAUUGAUGAAGACUUCGGUUCGUUGCACAUUCGCGUAAAUACAGCAGAAUUACCUGCGUUUCUACACCCGAAAGGUUGGGUAGACCGGCGCGCCACACGUCGAGCGAUAACCUUAUUGCAUUCACUUCAAAAACUCUCCGAGCUCCAACCAUACAGAAUUCCUCACUUUGGAACCUACAAUAUUAAUGUACCUGACCUUCAUAUUACCGGAAACAUCACUUUGGACGACGUUAUAGUGACGGGGAUAUCUGAUGUAGUUCUACAAACAUUUGAUGUGCAGGUGCAACCGCCUAGAAUCGAUUUCAAUUUUACUGUUCCCAAGAUUACUGUGGAAGCUGAUUUCCACCUGCAUUGUCCUUCCUUGUUUUAUUACGACUACACAAACGUACGUGAAGUUGGUCAUUUUAAGUUAACAUUAACUGGGUUGUCAAUGUCGGCAGUGCUGGGUCCCGUGACUAUGCGACACUAUAAGGGUUCAGUAUUCGCAUUCGAAAAUGCUCUGAUUAUAAUCCAUAUAGAUGGCGCACGCCUCCAGAUUCAAAUGGAACAUUCUUCCCAAACGUUUAUACGAAUAUUGCAUGAUUUUGUAAAUAACAUAGAAGAUAUAAUGUUUGAUAAUGAUGUGCUGGAUAUGGCACUCGAGACAAUUAACUACGAACUGGAGAAAAUCCCUUCUUCAGAUAUAUUAAGAUAUUUGAUAGGCACGUCUAAUACAAGUAUCAAACGAUUGUCAUCGGAAGCAAGAGCCCGUCGAAAAUAUCGCAAAAAGAUUCAAAAUUAA